GCUUUUUCUGGGAAAUUGGUUCUCUGUAUGUUAAGCUAAUUGGGUUUUCUUUUUCUUUUUAAAUGGUAAUAGUUCGCACGGUUAGCAGUGAGGUUCUGAAGAAGCAUUUGGAAGAAAAGAUUUACCCCAAAUUAGGGGAAAAGCCAUUCUCGGUGGUUUAUGUUCAUACAGAUGUUCAAAGGAGUGAAAUUUUCCCUGGAAUCUCAGUCCUGAGAUCAAUCUACGAUGCUAUUCCGAUGAACGUCAAGAACAAUCUGGAGGCUGUUUAUUUAUUGCAUCCCGGUUUACAUGCCAGGCUUUUCCUCGCCACUUUCGGCCGUCUGUUCUUCGAUGGAGGGUUGUAUUCGAAGCUUAAGUAUGUCAGUAGGCUUGAGUUUCUAUGGGACCAUGUGAGGAGGUUGGAGGUUAAGGUACCGGAGUUUGUGCAUGAACACGAAGAGGAUCUCGAGUACCAUCAGGUGAUGGAUUACGGAUUGGAAAGCGACCACCCUAGAGUUUACAUUGAGCCACCGUCGAUGGAUCCGAUUUCUGUGUACUCUAUGAGGUGCAAAGCUUAAAGCUUAAGCGAGUGUUGGGAAAGACAAAGAACCGUAUAUCUUUGUUGAUACGCUUAUGGCUUUUUUGGGUCUUUGAGUGUUUAGGUGUUUGAUAUUGUACAGAAUGAAAGGUUUGCGUAAAUAGAGCGACUUCAUUGGCCGAGCGAAC